AUGCUGAAUGUACUGCUGUGGAUGGCAGUCCUAAAUAAUGCAGUCGGUUUAUCUGCUCUCUAUCGUAAUGGACCUUCUCGACGAGAUUCUUUCUAUCAUCCGAGCACCGUCUCAGGGCCUUGCACUUUUCCUCUUCCAUACACGAAAGAAUUCGAUAUUUUCUGCCAGUUGGACUACCACAAGACAACGUACAUUUGUGAUCCGGCCGGCAUCCUCUCCCGAACCGAAAUUGAAAUGUUGGAUCACACCGUCCGUGAGCUUAACAUGACAUCGUGCUUCUGUUCGUCAACAUGUGGACGAAGUCGGAAAAAGCUCGGGAUUGUCAUAGUACCUGCCGCGAGUAUAAACAGCAUAAUCUCGUGCGACUCGUCACUGGAUUACGCACCUCCUACUUCAUUGCCAGCAGCAGCCUACCUUUUCGCUCAGCUUUUGAAUAGACAUUGGUCCGGACAUUGCACAGCUGAUCUGAUGAUUAUUUAUAUCAGAUCGUGGAAUCCGGAUCGAAUUCGGAAACCUUUCAUCAUUCCCAUUUAUUCCAACGCCCUGGAACGACUGCAGCGAUAUAGCCAUCCAACAUCAGUAUCCUCACGGGAAUCGGUGCUUGUGGCGCUGCAAGGUGCUGUGCGACACGCUCAUCGCCUUAUCGAAGCCGAAUGGACCGAUAUUAACACCUCUAUUCCCCAUUGGGCGAUGGGGCUCGCAUGCGGAAUGCUCGCCGUCGUGGUUCUAUCCGUCUACACCGCGAACUGUAUCACUAAUCGGUUAGGGAGGCAUCCACAGAAACAACGUUCCGCGGUGGCCGCAGUCCGUAAGAACAGCGACCGAUUCCGAGCCGGCUUCGGUGGUGGAAUGAUGAUGAAUGCGUCAGCUCAACAGAAACGAAGUGUGAUGAUGUUCCGCACGUUCUCAAAGGCCCCGAACAGAAGCGGUGGCGGAAGUAGAUUGUGA